AUGGCUGAGGCGGCCUCAAAGGAGAGAGGACUGUGGAACGGGGCUGCUCCCCAGGAUGCCUCUGGCCUCCAGGACAGCUUGUUCUCCGAAAGUGACAACAGCCUGUACUUCACCUACAGCGGCCAGUCCAACACCUUGGAGGUCCGAGAUCUCAGCUACCAGGUGGACAUGGACUCCCAGGUGCCCUGGUUUAAGAAGCUGGCUCAGUUCAAGAUGCCCUGGACAUCUCACAAGGCUUCUUGUGAGCUGGGCAUCCAAAACCUGAGCUUCAAAGUGAGGAGUGGGCAGAUGCUGGCCAUCAUAGGGAGCUCAGGCUGUGGGAGAGCCUCUUUACUGGACGUGAUCACCGGGAGGGACCAUGGCGGCAAAAUUAAGUCAGGCCAAAUCUGGAUCAACGGGCAGCCCAGCACGCCUCAGCUGGUGAGGAAGUAUGUGGCCCACGUGCGCCAGCACGACCAGCUGCUCCCCAACCUAACUGUCCGCGAGACCCUGGCUUUUGUUGCCCAGCUACGCCUGCCCAGAACCUUCUCCCAGGCUCAGCGUGACGAAAGGGUGGACGACGUGAUCGCCGAGCUGCGCCUGCGCCAGUGCGCCAACACGCGCGUGGGCAACGCGUACGUGCGGGGCGUGUCAGGGGGCGAGCGGCGCAGAGUCAGCAUCGGGGUGCAGCUCCUGUGGAACCCAGGAAUCCUCGUUCUGGAUGAGCCCACCUCUGGGCUCGACAGCUUCACGGCCCACAACGUGGUGAAAACCCUGUCCCGGCUGGCCAAAGGCAACCGGUUGGUGCUUGUCUCCCUGCACCAGCCUCGGUCGGACAUCUUCAGGCUGUUUGAUUUGGUCCUCCUGUUGACGUCCGGCAGCACCAUCUACUUGGGGGCAGCCCAGUACAUGGUGCAGUACUUCACAGCCAUCGGCCACCCCUGUCCUCGCUACAGCAACCCUGCCGACUUCUAUGUGGACUUGACUAGCAUCGAUAGGCGAAGCAGAGAGCAGGAAGUGGCCACCAGAGAGAAGGCUCAGUCCCUUGCGGCCUUGUUUCGAGAAAAAGUUCGUGGCUUCGAUGACUUCCUGUGGAGAGCAGAGGCGAGGGAGCUGGGUGAGGGCACUUACCUGGAGAGCCCAGCCCUCCCCCAGGACACUGACCAGCCCCCGACUCCCACGGAGCUGCCUGGCCCUGUACAGCAGUUUACCAUGCUGAUCCGUCGUCAGAUUUUCAAUGACUUCCGAGACCUGCCAACUCUCCUCAUCCAUGGAGCAGAGGCCUGCCUGAUGUCCCUGGUCAUUGGGUUCCUCUAUUACGGCCACGGGGCCAUCAAGCUCUCCUUCAUGGACACAGCCGCCCUCUUGUUCAUGAUUGGAGCUCUCAUCCCUUUCAACGUGAUCCUGGAUGUCAUUGCCAAAUGUCACUCAGAGAGGGCAAUGCUUUACUAUGAACUGGAAGAUGGUCUCUACACUGCUGGUCCAUAUUUCUUUACCAAGAUCCUAGGGGAGCUUCCGGAGCAUUGUGUCUACAUCAUGAUCUACGGGAUGCCCACCUACUGGUUGGCCAACCUGCACCCGAGCAUCGAGCCCUUUCUGCUGCACUUCCUGCUCGUGUGGCUGGUGGUCUUCUGCUGCAGGAUCAUGGCCCUGGGUGCUGCCGCCCUGCUCCCCACAUUCCACACAUCUUCCUUCUUUGGCAAUGCUCUCUACAACUCCUUCUACCUCACUGGGGGCUUCAUGAUGAGCUUGGACAACCUGUGGACAGUGCCCGCCUGGAUUUCCAAAGUCUCCUUUCUCCGCUGGUGUUUUGAAGGGCUGAUGCAGAUUCAGUUUAAAGGGCACACUUACCACAUGGCCGUCGGCAACUUCACCAUCCCUAUCCCUGGAGACAUGAUCCUCAGUUCCAUGGGCCUGAACUCACACCCCCUCUACGCCAUCUACUUCAUCCUCAUUGGCAUCGGGGGUGGCUUCAUGAUCCUCUACUACGUGGCCCUAAGGUUCAUCAAACAGAAAUCAGAUCAAGACUGGUGAUUCAUGCCCAGGCCCUGGCCUGCUGGUGGGGACUUGAGAAGACCCUUCGGCU